AUGCUGAGCUCAGGUCUUCCUCUCGUUCUCCUGGUGCUCUCAGUGCUGGAGCUGAGCUGGUGCCUGAGUGAUGAAGAAAAGAAGAUCAUCUUGGAUGAGCACAAUAAAUAUCGCUCCCAGGUCUCUCCUCCUGCCCAGGCUAUGAUGAAGAUGACCUGGGACAAGGAGCUGGAGGCCCUUGCUCAAUCCUAUGCAGAGAAGUGCAUCUGGGACCACAACAAGGAGAGAGGCCGACGGGGAGAAAACCUCUUUGCAAUGGCCCCAACCCUUGAACUGGAAUUUGCCGUGGAAGACUGGAACGGGGAGGAGAAAUUCUACAACUUUACAACAUCCACGUGUGUCCCCGGGCAGAUGUGUGGCCACUACACCCAGGUGGUCUGGUCAAACACGCAUCAGAUCGGCUGCGGGGCACAUUUCUGUGAGAAGAUUGAUGGAAUUGAAACAGAGAACAUGCACCUGCUGGUCUGCAACUAUUAUCCCCCGGGUAACAUGAAAGGCAAAAAGCCCUACGUGGAAGGACCCUCAUGUGAAAUGUGCCCCACGGACACAGUCUGUGUGAACAACCUGUGUGCAGGUGCCGUGGACACCGAAGAACUGGAGACAAACUCGGACCAGACAAGUGUGGAUCCGCCCAAAGGAGGAGCCCCCAGUACCUGCUUGGGCCUUUCUCUCUUCCUCCUCCCCAGUGCCAUCCUGGUGGGCCUUCUGCUCUGAAGGGUCUUCCUCAGCUGUGCCUGCACCCCUCACCAAGGCUUUUGUCAGCGCUGGUUGUUCCACAGCCCUGGCAGGCUCAGGAGCU